CUAGCACCUAAAUGCUCUGACUAAACUUUAAAAAGGUGCGAAUAUUUCAUAUUCAAUAACAGCAGCUCAAUUUGCUAUCUCCAAGAGGUUUGCUAGUGCGUGGUAGUUUUGCCAAAUGUUUCCAGGACCUUCAAUUUCGGGCCAAAUAAUGGAAGAGAUUUUAUCAAAUCGUGGAGAACAUUUUCAGGCCGAAAAUUUUCCUCUGGUGCCAUUCUCCAUCGCAGUGCAACUCGAGCGAACGAACAGCCGUUGACCCCGCGUGAAGGCUGCCAAGUCGGGAAGUCGGUGACUGCCGCACUGCCACCUACCGGCAGCCUUUCCACUUCUCCUCACAGAAAAAUCCCACAGUUCCACUGAAAAUAUUGAGCGGCAAAUUAGAUAACAAAGCGUGUGCAUGUUUUGGAUUUGUAUUUAAACUUCUGACGAAAGGACUUUUCCAACCUGUUGGCGAAAUCAAUACGCAUCCGUUACAAGGUCAAGGUCGUUGCUGACGAGGUUGGCGUCUGUACACCACGAGCAGACGACCCACUAGCUGCAAACUGGAAGGAAGCAAUAGAUACGAGUUUUCUCGCAGACCAGCUUUUGUCUCAGACUUCAAUGAGGCCAGGGAUCGCGUAAAACAAAGGAGGAGAGAUUCGACUACACAAGCUCCAGUCCUCUCGGAGCUGGUGGUGACUGAUAACAAAAAAAGCGAAAAAAACAAAACAAAAAAAACUGAGAACAGUUGGUGUGAGAUUUUGGAAGGUUUGAGGACUUUAGUAAAGUGCCUGUGGACUGAUUCCCAAUGGUGAAACAGACGCCAGAGGAGAUUCGGCAGCUGGUGCUGGAGGAAGACAGAAAGAAAGAUGUGGCGUUCACCCCCGCCGCCUUGAUCGCAGUGGUCAGUGGUGUGUCGGCCGCUACAGCAAUCGGCGCCAUUGUGGUGGUGCGGGCCCUGGACUACUUCCGGCGCGACAUAGAUGCUCAUUGGCUGACAUGUGUUCCGUUCCUGUUUCCAGCAAUUACAGGGAUGUAUGUUGGCUACAAGAAACAGUUUGGCUCGCUCGGGGUGCACACUGCGGUGUCCGUGAUGGCUCUGCUGUUAGGAGGCCUCGCCUUCAGCUCGUCCGUGGAGACCAUCUUCAUCAACAGGGAGAACUGCCAGUCAGUGUAUGACAAAGUCAGCUGCAACAAGGAGUCGCUGGCCUACCUGUACAUCAUCUUCGGGUCUGCCACCGUCGGCACUUCUCUACUUGGACUGGGCUUGACCUUAUGCACGUGUCACUGCGCUUUGAGCCGAAUCUCCAAGCGGGAGCACGAGGAGGCGGUGCGGCUCCGGCACGAGCAGGAGCUCAAGCAGCGCGAGGAGCGGAAGUUGAGGGAUGAGUACAGCUGCUGGAAGUUCAUAACCGAGCAUCCCUUGACGGGCACCCAGCCCAAGCAGCCAACGACUCUUAACGGCACACUGGCGUACCAGAUCGCUCGCCUGCAGUCACAAGCACAGAGCCUGGCCAACACACCAGAUGUCAAGCGGCGAGACCAGAACAAAUCGUCCUCGUCAAUAAUCUCGGUUGGCAGGGCCACCCCCUCAGAUACAGGAGACGAGUCUGCUUCCACAAGGCUUUAAAUAUUUAUUUAUUUUAUAUGAAUUUAUUUAUUUCCUGAUAUUUGUCUUCUGUUUUUCCAAAGAGAGUUAUAUCUGACCGUUGAUUCCUUACCAGGCAUCAACCUUCCUCCGUCUCCUCUUAUCCUGUGCGAUGUGUUUCUUUUAUUUUUUUGGGGGGAAGUGUAGGAAUAUGCUCCGGGGUGGACUUAGUUUCCUUUCCGGAUCCGGGGAGCAUUGUUUCAAGAAUAGGGCGCCAUGGACUAACGGAAAAACUCGUCCACAACAGUCAUGCAAACAGUCGCUUCCAUUGUGAUAUUUACUGUUGAUCUUGUUACUAUUGUUGCCUUCAGUGUUAUUUUGCCAGCUUUGAUGUCUAUAAUGGCGAAGAGGAAAGUUUAUUUUGUAUAUAUUCUUGAAAUCACUGCCUUCACUGUAAGUUUUAGGCCCAGAUGUGUACGGGGGGCUGGGGAAAGGCCAAGAAAAGACUAGCUAACAGAAAAACAGAUGCAGAGAAAAAAAUCCAGAGCCACAGACAGUUUAAAUAUAAUCGAGAUGAAACCUAGCAAAAGUCACCAGAUGACACUUAGUGUAAAUGUAGUUGUGAUGGAACCAACCAAUAUUCGCCACUUGCUAUAUGUGGUAAAUAUAACAUUUUUCAAGAAAGCGCGCAAUAUAAUCUGAAGGACUUGAAAGAAAGGAAAAAAAACCGAACGAAUUACUAAAAUAGAAACAGACAGGCAGACAGGAUUAAAGAAUGAAUGGAUAAAUAAUUGUAUAAUUUUUUUUAAAGUUUUUAAUAUUAUAAAAACAAAAACAAGUGUAGAGUUUACAGGCUACUAAGUGAAAUAUUCUAGAAACACUGUAAGGGCUUUACAUGUUAUCAGGAAAAAGAUUUGCCUUUCCAGCUUGACUUCUUAUGAUUAAGUAAAUCCAGACUAUGUCUACAAUGUUUACAAUCGUGUACAGUUUCUGUAUUACUGUUGUCUCGAGGCUAUUGCUUGUGUACACAAAUAUCUUUUGUACAUGAAAUAUGGAGCUGCUACAAAGCUUUAAUCCAUCUAUGUAAUGUGCAUAGCGAUAUCAUUGCUAAUGUACAAAUUAUUUAGUUAUAUAAGCUAAUAAAGGUCAUAUAAGCCUCUACUCACCGAUAACAUGUUUGGAAGAUUCGUUAGUGAAACUGUAACCCUUGACUACAGCCAGCAUGUGCGGUAUAUAUAUAAACUUGUCACAAGGUACACCACACUGACAGUGUGAAUAUAGUUGUGAUUGAAUCUUGUAAAAGUCACCACAGAGACACUUAGUGUAAUUGUAGUUGUGAUGGAGCCUAGCAACAGUCAUAACUUAGUAUGCAGCAUUUUACCAACCUUCUCUCUCUAUAUAUAUAUCAGUCUGUUCUAUUUCAAACUUAUUACCAUUCUUCAUAUCUCCAAAUAACUUCUGAUCAUCCGUAUGUCAUAUGUUGACUUAAUUUGUAGAUGUUGAAAUAGAUGUUAGCGAUUAUCGUUUUCCUCGUUUGUAUUGUUGUUCUCAAUGAAAUUGUUAAAUGACAAUGCCUGGUUGGUUUUUCUAAAGAUUAUCAUUAAUUAAAAAAAACUUGCAUAUGGGAUUAAAAAAAAGAAAGAAUUCUUGCUCA